GCCCGGGACCGCCAUGACCUCCGUCUCCCCGCCCUCCGGCCCUGCUCUCAUGGCUGCGCUGCUGGCCUUGCUAUUAAGCGGCCCCGCACUGGCCUCUGAGAUUGUGGGUGGCCGGCCGGCCAGGCCCCACGCAUGGCCCUUCAUGGUGUCCCUGCAGCAGCGCGGGGGCCACUUCUGCGGGGGGACCCUGAUCGCCCCCAACUUCGUCUUGUCUGCGGCACACUGCGUGAAUGGCAGGAAUGCCCAGUUGGUGUCUGCCGUGCUGGGCGCUCACAACCUGCGGCAGGCAGAGCGCGCCACCCGGCAGACGUUCAGGGUGCAGCGUGUGUUCGAGAACGGCUACGACCCCACUCGCCUGCUGAACGACAUCGUGGUUCUCCAGCUCACUGGCUCGGCUACCAUCAAUGCCAAUGUGCAGGUGGCGAGGCUGCCAGCUCAGGGCCAAGGUGUGGGCAAUGGGACGCAGUGCCUGGCCAUGGGCUGGGGCAGGCUGGGCACCAACCAGCCAGUGCCCAGUGUCCUGCAGGAACUCAACGUGACCGUGGUGACGUCUCAGUGCCGACGCGGUGUAAAUGUGUGCACAAUUGUUCCACGCCGACGGGCCGGCAUCUGCUUUGGGGACUCCGGCGGGCCCCUGGUCUGCAACGGGCUGAUCCAAGGCAUCGACUCCUUCAUCCGGGGCAGUUGCGGCUCUGGCAUCUACCCCGAUGCCUUCGCGCCAGUGGCAGAGUUUGCCAACUGGAUUAACUCCAUUAUUCGACGCCAGGACAACCACCCCGUUCCCCACCUCAGAGACCCAGCAAGCAGGAUCAACUAGGGCAGACCGCCCUGGCCAAUCCACCUCAGCUAUCUAAGAGGCUCUUUUCUGUGCUGAACAAUAAAA